AUGGGGCCCCAGUCCAUGAAAAAGAAGCAGCAACUUCAACAGCAGCUUCAUCAGAUUCCCAAGUUAGAUAAAUUCAUAAUACAAACUUACAAAGAAGAGACUGCUCCAGAACAAGAUUCUAGCACCCAAAUUGAAUCAACUGAACUCAAAGAAGGUGAAUGCAGUGGUGAGCAGAAUUUAGAGUCUGAGUCAGUUUGCGAGCUAGAAGAAGAAAUAUCACAGUUAUCUCCAUCUAUAAGUCCUCAUGUGGAAGUCGAACAGAGGGACAUUUCCAGUGAUGAAAAUGAAGAGCAAAAAGAAACAGAAAAUCAAAGCAAUAUUGUUCUAAAGAUACAAGCCGAGAAAGAGUAUUGGAAGCAAGUACUUCACAGAUGUGUAGUGAUCAAAACAUUAAGUGAACGUGGAUUGGCUUUUAGAGGAGACAGUGAAAUCAUAGGAUCCCCCAACAAUGGGAACUACUUGGGAUUGUUAGAACUGAUUGCCAAAUUUGACCUGUUUUUAUCCAAUCACAUAGAAAACUAUGGUAACAAGGGCACAGGUUCAACUUCAUAUCUCUCAAAAAACAUAUGCGAUGAGUUAAUCUUGCUGAUGGGAAAGCACGUGUUGCAAUCUAUUUUGGAUGAAAUAAAGCAAGCAGGGUAUUUCAGCCUUAGUGUAGAUUCUACCCCAGAUCUUUCUCAUGUGGACCAAUUGACCAUAAUUUUGAGAUAUGUGUCACCUCAAACAGGAGUUCCAGUUGAAAGAUUUAUAACAUUCUUAAAAUUGGAAGAGCACACUAGUCUUUUUAUGGCUAAUUUGGUUGUUGAUUAUUUAGUGAAUAAAUGUGGCAUUGACUUCUCAAAAUGUAGGGGACAAUCAUACGACAACGCCGCUAACAUGAGCGGCAAAUACAAUGGCAUGCAAACUCACAUCUUAAAGCAAAACAAAUAUGCAAUUUUUGUUGCAUGUGAUGGUCAUUCGCUCAAUCUGAUAGGCCGAGCUGCAGCAGAUUGCUGUCUUGAAGUGAUUAUUUUUUUCGGCAUCAUCCAAGAAAUUUACAAUUUCUUUUCAUCAUCAACCAAGAGAUGGGCAGUAUUAACUUGUUGCUUAGAACCUGGAGCUUCAGUUACUAAAACGUUGUCAGAAACUCGGUGGGAGGCCCAUGCAACCGCGGUCUCUGCAGUUAAAGAAAACAGUGAGUCAACUGAAGAGGCCCUUGCUCAAGAGUCAAAUGAACGAGAAAAAAGGUGA